ACUUAAAUCCACAUACCCAUCUCGAAAACCUAAAACCUAUACAUACAGAUUAGAUACACAUAUACAUAUAUCUCUCUCCCUUCCCAUCAAAUUUCCCAAACUUAACCAACCAUGGCGGCAGCACCACCACCAAAAAACGCCGUCCAAUGCUUCGGAAAGAAAAAAACAGCCGUGGCCGUAACCCAUUGCAAAGAAGGUCGGGGCCUAAUCAAGAUAAACGGAACACCCAUCGAGCUAAUCCAGCCCGAAAUCCUCAGAUACAAAGUAUUCGAGCCCAUUUUACUUUUGGGUCGACACAGGUUUGCUGGGGUUGACAUGAGGAUCAGAGUCAAAGGUGGUGGACAUACUUCACAGAUAUAUGCAAUCAGACAAAGCAUAUCAAAAGCACUUAUUGCUUAUUAUCAGAAAUAUGUUGAUGAAGAACAAAAGAAAGAGAUUAAGGAUGUUUUGGUUAGAUAUGACAGGAAUUUGUCUGUUGCUGAUAAGAGGAGAAUGGAGCCUAAAAAGUUUGGUGGUCGUGGUGCUCGUGUUAGGUUCCAGAAAUCUUAUCGUUAGAUAGGCUUUAUGUAUAAUAAUGUCUUUUGGAGUAUGUCUAGUUUCUAUGAAUUUUGUUUUUGAUUUUGAAUGAAGAUUUUGUGACUUUUUGGCAGA